GAUUAGACAGAAUCGCUCUGUUUGGGAAACAUCUGCAAAUUCAGACUGUCCCUGAAGGCAACACCACGGAUAGAUAGAUGGAUGGAUAAAUUUGAGACUGAGAGAAAGUUAGCCCCUCCCCCAGGGAGGUGCUCGUGCACGCCACAGAGCGCAUGCCCGCGCUCUCUCCCCUGACAGUCGAGCUGCUGAUGAUGAAGAUGACGAAGACUACGAUCUGUGCGGCGCAGGACUGAAAGAAGACGUGGACGAGUGCUCCUCGCGUGCUCCUCGCAGCUGAUUGGACGACGAGGUUGCGAUUGCGACUUCCCGCAAGAUGCCGCUGCUGCCAUUGGUCCUCAUGUUGCUACUUCCAGUCGCCGGGUCACGCCCCUCCGCCCGCGGCGACCGCUCGGACGCAGUCGCUCCGGCGACCGUGUCGUCUGAGGAUGAGGAGGAUGAAGAUGAAGUCGAGUCGUCAUCGGAGGAAAGCAAGCACGAGGAUGACGACGUGACGAAGAGCAACGAAAGCAAACGACGACCACCACGGCAACGACCGUUGUCGCUGGCGUCGCCUCCUCGCUGGUCGUCUCCGGACAAAAUGAGGCGGACGCUGUACGCUGUCCCCGCCAGCGGAACGGUCAAGUUCCGUUGCCCGGCGACGGGAAGCCCCGCCCCCACGCUCGACUGGUACAAGGACGGAAAUUACGUGACACGACAGCAACGGAUCGGCGGCUACAAGAUCCGAGAACACGCGUGGACGCUCGCCCUGGCGACGGUGCUGCCCUCGGACAAAGGAAACUACACGUGUGUCGCACACAACACGCACGGGCGCAUUCAACACCGCUUCACGCUCGACGUCGUCGAGCGCCCCACUCACAGGCCCAUCCUCCAGGCGGGCCUUCCGGCCAAUCAGACGGCCGUGGCGGGCGACGAGGUGCGCUUCGCGUGUCGCGUGUACAGCGACUUGCAGCCUCACGUGCAGUGGAUCAAGGCCGACUACGCCGGCCAGCCCGUCGGACCCGACGGGCGCCCCGGCGGCCUCGUCGUCAAGGAGGGGAGCGUCAACACGUCGGAAGACGACCUGGCGAGCCUCACGUUGACCAACGUUAGCGCCGCAGACGCCGGCGAGUAUGCGUGUGUGGCCGCCAACUCCAUCGGCGUCUCGCACCAAUCGGCCUGGCUCACCGUGCUGGAGGCAGACCCGCCCCUUUCCCGCAGCUACGCUCACAUCUUCUUCUACUGCCUCGGCUUCUUCAUCGCGGUCACGCUGACCUUCACCGCCAUCAUCUGUAAGCUGUGCUCCGCCCCCAGGAAGGGCGUCGCUCCCGGGAGCCCGCCGGCCGUCCACAAACUCGCCAAGAGCGUCGCGCUGAAGAAACAGGUGUCUCUGGGGUCGUCGUGGUCCGGCCGGUCCAAUUUGUCUUCCGUGUGUCCGUCUCGUCCCUCCGCCGUGUCUGCCGACUGCGCGCUGCCGUACGAUCCUCGGUGGGAACUUCCUCGUGAAAGGCUGACGUUGGGCAAGCCGCUGGGCGAGGGCUGCUUCGGGCAGGUGGCCUUGGCGGAGGUCGUCGGCCUGGACAAGGAGCGUCCGGCGUGCGUCACCGAGGUGGCGGUGAAGACGGUGAAAGCCGACGCCGGCGAGAAGGACCUGAUGGACCUCGUCUCGGAGAUGGAGAUGAUGAAGAUGGUCGGUCGCCACAAGAACAUCAUCAACCUGAUUGGCGCCUGCACGCGCGACGGGCCCCUGUACGUGGUGGUGGAGUACGCCUCCCGGGGGAACCUCAGGGAGCACCUCCGUGCGCGUCGCCCGCCCGACUCAGAGUACUGGGGCCGCUCGGCUGAGGGGCCGCCAGGCGGCGUGGAUCUCCAAGAGCUGGUGUCGGCGGCGUACCAGGUGGGCCGAGGAAUGGCGUACCUGGCAUCGAAGAAGUGCGUCCACAGAGACUUGGCGGCCCGUAAUGUUCUGGUCACGCACGACCUCGUCAUGAAGAUCGCAGACUUUGGCCUGGCCAGAGACGUGCACCACGUGGACUACUACAAGAAAACUACCAAUGGUCCUUUGCCCGUCAAGUGGAUGGCGCCUGAAGCUUUGUUUGACCGCGUCUACACGCACCAAAGUGACGUGUGGUCUUUCGGCAUCCUGCUGUGGGAAAUCUUCACGCUGGGAGCGUCUCCGUAUCCCGGCGUCCCCGUGGAGGAUCUCUUCAAACUUCUGAAGGAAGGUCACCGCCUGGACAAACCUUACGCCUCCACGCAACAGCUCUACGUGAUGAUGCGAGACUGCUGGCACGACGUCCCGUCCCGCCGGCCCACCUUCCCGACGCUCGUCCGGCGGUUGGACGCAAUGCUCACCGCGCUCGCCAACCAGGACUACCUGGACUUGUCCAACCCCCUCAUCCAGAAUCCUCCGCUGGGCUCCAGCCCCUCAACCGGCUCCACGUAGACGCGCUCCUGGAUCGUCAUCAUCAUCAUCAUCCAGGAGGAGGAGCUUCAAAGCAGGAAGUACAUGAGGCGUCUCGGUCCGUUGUGUUUGUUGUUUAUAACGCGUGUAAAUAUUGUUGAUAAUUGUGAAAAGGAACCCCCAAAAAAGUGUUUUGAAGAGUUUGUAACAGUGAAAAUAAUCAUUUCAUCUUUUUAGUUCCACUAUUUUUGAUUAUGCGCUCUGACAUUGGCUGUCAACGAGUCACUCCAGCUCAGCAGAAUGACAAUCAUUAUAAUAGAAGAUUUCUUGGUUUGUCAACGUGA